UUGGGUUUUCUAAGCCUACAAAAAGGAGAAAGAGAAGAUCAGGCUAUGCCAAAAAAUGUUGGACCAAGGAUGGGAAUGGAUGAGGACAGCUUCAUGAUCCCCAUCAAUAAAGAUGCCUAUGAAGCUCUUAAGAGAAGAGGGGACUGUCUAAGUAAUCUCAUUUCCAAAAAGUUUGCUUGUACAUUGACCUUCAAAAGUACAAAAUGCGCUGUUGAGGUAUACAGGAAAAAACUAAAGCAGGGAAUUGACAUUUGUGUUUGUAAGGAUGAUCUCACAAGACACAAGGUCGAUGCUUUGGUGAAUGCAGCUAAUAAGUAUCUAGAUCAUGGAGGAGGCCUUGCUUUAGCCCUUGUGAAUGCUGGAGGGCCGGAAAUACAAGAGCAAAGCAAUCUUCAUGUUCAAAUGUACGGAAAACUCACAGCUGGCAAAAUAGCAGUGACAGGUGGAGGGAAGCUUCCUUGUAAGAAAAUCAUUCAUGCAGUUGGUCCACAGUGGACCAUUUAUGAAAAGAACGAAUGUUGUUGCCUACUUGAGGAAGCUAUUGUGAAUGUUCUGAGGUAUGCUAGCGCUCCAGAAAAUGCUAUCAAGUCUGUGGCUAUCCCAGCAGUGAGUUCAGGUAUUUUUGGCUUCCCACUCAGUUUGUGUGCUCAAGUGAUUGUAAUGGCUAUAAAGGAAUUUGUUGAGGCAAGUCCACUAGGCUGUCUCAGGGAAAUCCGCCUGGUGAACGUUUGUGAGCCUACAGUUGCAGAAAUGAAGAAGGCUUGUGAAAAGUAUCUGGGGGAUACCAGUUCACUUCAGGAAACACUUUCAGCUUCACCAAGCCAGAGUUCAACUUUCAUUAAACAUGAAGGCGUUCGCUUGCGCAUCGUAAGAGGACUCAUUGAAGAGCAGAAGACUACAGCCAUUGUUAUUCCUGUCUCUGUGAAUGGCAAGCCUUACUCUCCAGUUUCAACAGAACUGCUGCAAAAAGGGGGUUCAGCUCCUCAGGAUGAAUUUCAUCUUGGAUAUUCUUCAUCUUAUAAUGAACUCGUAGUAACAAAAGGGCAUAAUCUGCCCUGUGAGCUUGUACUGCACUUUGUCUGGCCCCGAUACCAGCACAAGGUGUUACUGUGUGAGGAAUUAAAAGCUGCAGUGACAAGAUGCCUGCGUUACCUGCAGGACUACCAGUCUCCCUCAGUUUCUUUUCCAGCAAAUGGGAUUUGGUCGUUAACACUUCCUGUUGAUAUAGUGGCAGACACCAUGAUUGAAGAGGUUUUAAAUUUUGCUGGGGCACACCCUGAGAAGAAGAUAGAUGUGCAGUUUGUCUUUCACCCAGAUGACCACAAUGCUUGUGAGGUUUUCCAGAGAAAAUUUUAUUUGGCCACACAGAAACUGAGAGAAAAGCAGUGUAACAACAGAAGUGAUCAUUUGGGUGAAGAGUCAGGCAGUCAAAGUGUAAAAGAGACUGCAAGUAAUGAACCAGCUAUUGAACUUAAAGGGAACACACGUACAGCAUUGGAAGCAGCAGAAUCGUGGAUCCAAAGCAUGGUACAAAUUCAGGAAAGUCACCGUGCUAUUAUUGAAAACAACUUCAUUUUUAGCCUCGGUAAAAAGGAGUUUGCAGAACUAUUUCAAGAGCAGCAUUCUAGCGUAUGUGUAUCAGAAGUAGUGCGAGGUGGAAAAGCAAGACUGGAAUUUCAGGGCCCCCCUGAUGCUGUGAUUGAUGCAGUGCUGGCAACUGAAAAAUUACUGCUUGCUAUGCAAGAGAAGACUACAGCGAAACAAGAGGAACUGCUGUACUUAAUGGACCAAGCAGAAGCAGGUCAGCUUUCAGAAGAACACCUUCACAGGACGGAUACUACUAAAAGGGUCCAGAUUUCACUGGUGGACUCACACCUUCAGGAGUUUAAAGACAGACAGAAACAGUUUGAAAAAGCUGGGCUUCGUGUUCUCAAGAUUGAAAAGAUACAUAAUGCUCUUUUAUCUGCUGCAUUCCAACAAAUGAAAAAAAAAAUGGAAGGAAAGCGAGGUACCUCCAAAAUAACCCACAAGUUGUACCAACAUGUUCCUGCAGUGUGCCGAACUGGAUUUCACAGGAUGUAUUCUCCACCAACAGAACAAAAAUACGGAGCUGGCAUCUACUUUAAAAGGAACCCAAAAAGCCUAAUCGAGGGUAAAGAUACAUGGGAAACAGAAUCUAAAAUGUACGUGUUUGAGGCUGAUGUAUUAACAGGCUUAUACACUAAAGGCAAGCUGUCUUACAUUAUACCACCGGCAGUGGCGGGGGAUGCCAUUCAGGUAUAUGACAGCUUAGUAGAUGAUGUAACCAAUCCCAACACCUUUGUCAUUUGCAACAGUGUUGGGGCCCUUCCACAAUAUUUGUUGACUUGUUCCCAAGUGACGGAACGAGUAGCACCCUGA